AUGACUAGCCAGAUAUCUAUUUCGGCACCCACAGUCGAGCAGCAUCCCACUGGGUUCGGCGUGGGAACUGCCACUCCUCGAGUAUCCUGGCGCUUCCUUACUACCGAGAACUGCCCGCGCGACUGGCAACAAACAUCAUACGAAAUCCAGAUUUCCCGUAAGGAUUCGGAGGAAGAGACAUACUCUGUUACCAGUGAUGCCUCUGUUCUGGUUCCAUGGCCAAGCACGCCGUUGAAAUCCCGAGAACGAGCCCGCAUACGAGUGCGCUCCUUCGGUCGCGGAGAGGGCCAGGCCCAGGUAGAGCCGACAGAUUGGUCGCCCUGGACGGAUGUUGAGUGCUCGCUACUCGAGAGAGACGACUGGGUUGCACUUCCUAUUACAGAGACGAGGGAAGAAGUUGUCGACGGCCCACUACGCCCCAUACGCAUCAGGAAAUCAUUUACUCUCGCCGGCAGGGGAACCAUCGAGACGGCUCGGCUUUAUAUCACAAGUUUAGGAAUUUACCGAGCCUUCAUUAACGGCAAAGAGGUUAGCGAUCACUGUCUCGCCCCGGGUUGGACAAGUUAUCGUUAUCGCCUGAACUACCAAACCCUGGAUGUUGCGCCGUUUCUCAACCACGAGGGACCCAACGUACUCGCCAUCGAAGUCGCAGAGGGCUGGUAUGCAACGCGCCUAGGCUUCAAGGGUGGAAGAAGGAAGCUGUACGGGGACAGACUCGCUGCCCUUGCUCAGCUUGAAAUUCAAUUUAAAUCUGACCCUGAACGGUUUUCUCUGGCCACGGAUCGCACCUGGUCUUGCCAGCCGAGCGCAAUCGUGAAGAGCGAAUUCUACGACGGUGAGCUCUAUGAUGCGCGUGAAGACAACCGUAACUGGAACAAAAUCUCUCUCGACGAGACAAGCAGCAAUCCCUGGGGGCCAGUUCAAGAACUCCCUUUUCCGUCUGCUACCCUGGUCUCACCGGAUGCGCCGCCUGUCCGAAUCACAGAAGAGAUCAAACCGGUGUCAGUUCAACGAACCCCGUCCGGAAAGACCAUUCUGGAUUUCGGUCAGAACCUUGUCGGUCGACUGCGCGUCCGCUCAAUAAACAAACCGCGUGGGGAACGGCUUGUUUUCACGCAUGCUGAAGUGCUGGAAAAUGGAGAACUCGGGACUCGACCAUUGCGUAUCGCGAAAUGCUCGGAUGAAGUAGUUUCUGCCGGAGGUGAGCUGGUCGAUUGGUCACCGCAAUACACCUUUCACGGUUUUAGAUAUGUACAAGUUGAUGGCUGGGAUGAAGACCAGAGUGGCCCCUUGCUUGCGAACUUUAUUGCGCAGGUGAUGCACACUGAUAUAACCCGCACUGGAUGGUUCUCGUGCUCACACCCUAUGGUAAAUCAACUCCAUCAGAACGCGUUGUGGAGCAUGCGUGGCAAUUUUGUUUCUAUUCCGACCGACUGUCCCCAGCGUGAUGAGCGCCUCGGCUGGACCGGUGAUAUUCAGAUCUUUGGUCCCUCUGCCAAUUUCCUCUACAACACUGCCGGGAUGCUGGGCGAAUGGCUUCAGGAUGUAGCGGCCGAACAGUUUAAUGAUGGCAAAGACGGCUGUGUUCCUCCAUUUGUUGUCCCGAAUGUCAUCUCUGAGGAGCUUUGGCCUCCAACGCCACAGGCACAGUGGGAUGAUGUGGUGAUAUUGGGCCCGUGGGCUUUGUAUCAGUCUUACGGUGAUAUCAAGAUCCUGAGUCGACAGUACAAGAGUAUGUUGGCGUGGAUUGAUGGGGGUCUCCAGCGUGGCCCUGAUGGCCUCUGGGAUCCGGAGGUGUGGCAGUUGGGCGACUGGCUGGACCCGACUGCACCGCCGGUAGAGCCUGGAGAUGCGCGGACGAACGGGACAUUGGUGGCAGAUGCAUUCCUAAUACGCAUCACCUCAGUUAUAUCACAGAUCAGUGGUAUUCUGGGACAAGUCGCUGAUUCGAAGCGAUUCGCGGAAGACCUGGUACAGUUAAAGACUACCUUUCAAGCCAAGUACAUCGCUCAGUCCGGCCUUCUUGUCGGGGACAGUCAAACGGCAUUGAGCCUUGCAAUUAUGUUUGACUUGCAUGCUACCCCCAACCAAGUGAAGAUUGCAGCAAACCGCCUGGUUGACUUGGUACGGUUGGCAAAAUUCCGGGUGGCCACUGGGUUUGCAGGGACUCCAAUUAUCACCCAUGCCCUCACGAAGGGAGGCCAUCAUCAGGUUGCUUAUCGGAUGUUGCUCGAGAAGGGCUGUCCAUCUUGGAUGUACCCUAUCACAAUGGGCGCAACAACCAUGUGGGAACGCUGGGACAGUAUGCUUCCUGACGGCUCCAUCAACCCAGGGGAGAUGACCAGCUUCAAUCACUAUGCCUUUGGAUCAAUCAUCAAUUGGCUUCACAGCACUGUAGCCGGCAUCAGUCCCAUCUCACCCGGGUGGAAAGAAAUCAAUGUCCAACCAAUUCCUGGCGGUACUCUUGAUUCCGCGGAGGCGACUUACAAUACGCCCUAUGGACGACUGGAAUGUCGAUGGUCCAUUCAACCUAGCAAGGAACUAUUCAUACUAGACCUCUUGAUUCCACCGAAUUCCCGAGCAUUGGUAACUCUUCCUAGUGAUGGCCAUUUCACCGGACAGGAGCAGGGGAGGUGGGUAGGGUCUGGGCAGCAUCACCUCUCAACACCGUUUAACUGGGACCGGUACAGCAGUGAAUGGCCACCAAAACGCAGGAUUCCCUUUAUGCGUCGACCAGAGCCAGACAGUAUUGCUUGA